UUAAAUUUGCCCCUGUACUACUCCAAGAAUUUCCUUUUCCGGUGAAAUUAAAACGUAAACAUGCGUUUAGAAAAGUGUUACUUCUGUUCUUCCACUGUAUAUCCUGGACACGGAAUACAAUUUGUUAGAAAUGAUUGUAAAAUUUUUAGAUUCUGCAGAUCAAAAUGUCAUAGAGCAUUUAAAAAGAAGAGAAAUCCAAGAAAAGCAAAAUGGACAAAGGCUUUUAGAAAGGCUGCUGGAAAAGAAUUAACAGUAGAUCCAUCAUUUGAGUUUGAAAAGAGAAGAAACGUUCCUGUAAAAUAUGACAGAGAGUUAUGGCAGACAUCAAUAAAAGCUAUGAAGAGAAUAGAAGAAAUAAGAAUUAAACGACAGAAUCAGUACAUAUUAAAUAGAUUAAAGAAAGGUAAAGAACUGAGGAAAGAAGCUGAUGUGAAGGAAGUAGAGAAAAAUAUUCACUUGAUAAGAGCACCAGGAGCUAAAGGAAAACAGUUGGAAAGAAAAAUGGUACAAGUCAUCAAAGAAGAAGAUGUUGAUAUGGAUGAAGAACUGUGAUCACAAGACAUUUUGUCAUCUUAAUAAACGAACUUAUCAUUUACAUUGAACAUGUUAAAACAUUUUUACCACUGAAAAGAUACAAGAAAUGACACUUUAAAGGAAACUUUUUGAUGAUUCACCGGUCAUUAAAAUAAAUUGUAAAAAAACAAUUUUUCUGUUUAUUAUCAUUUUCUAGUUGAGAACAAUUCAAUUGAACAAGAUCAGUAUAUAUAGCAUACUGGAAGUUUUUUUCUAUUUCAUAAAAAUGUUUCAAAGCCCAUAAAGUUUUGUUGGUGAGCCUGCAAUAGAUCAUUUCUUAAAAUACUUGUAAAAGGGGAGAAAAGAUAGUUGAAAUAAUUUUUUUCUUGAAAAUUGUGCACAGAAUAAUUGUUAUUUCAAAAUUUUUACACAAAUUAAAGUUACUUCUUUACUGAUA